AUGGAAGCUUUUAGAUGUUCAGUCGAAACUCUUACAGAGUUUGCCAACUCAAACACGACUUCAGCGAAAAUCAGCUCCACAAAAACUGAAGUACUUUUAACCAGUGGCAGUGAAAGCCUGCUCGUCUUCAGCACCAAAGAACGCAGAGUCACGGCCAUUCUAAAGUUUGAAUCCCCCGUGACGGCCCUGGCGGCACGUGGUGACGACAAGCAUCGUCUCUUUGCCCUUUGUAGGAACGAUGGCGUUUACUGUAACACUCUGCCAACGGAGACCAGUUCUCCAAGCCUCUUGAUAGAUCAUGCUCCUCUUCCUACCCUGUCUGCUGUGUCCUCCAAAUCCAUUGUGGUCAAAGAUGAAAACAUCUGCUCUUUCCUCCUGGUGGAGGAUGUCCUGAUAACUGUCAGUUUGAGGGACAGUGUCUGGAAUUUUAGUCUCUACAAAGAGCAAGGCUUUUCCACAGUGGUGGAGGUAUUCCAGAAAAUCGGUGAGUUCCACAUCCCAGCCAUGGCCUCGAAGUCUCUCAUGGACUGUGUGGAGGAGGAGAGCCCACCUCCGGUGCUGAGCUGUGUCUGCCCUAGUAAGAAGUCAUCAUUCAUAACCGACGGACCACAGGAACAGUUCUUCCUCGAGCCCCAGCUGUUCACACUCCUCUUUGGGCUAGAGUCAUCCAUCCUACACUCUCCUGUUGUUCUUUGUGGUUUACCUGAUGGACGUCUCUGCUACUUUCCUUUGUGCCUCUCGUGGUCUGCUGAGCCAAUUGGAGAGGCAAAGCCACCAGUAAAAGUGCUCCACAGCCUUGAGCAGCCAGUCGUGUUCAUCGGAACCUCUGUCACCGGGGAGAAGGGACCUCAAUGCCUGGUUGCUAUUGGACAGAUGGGGAGACUGCUGGUGGUGGGAGGCAAGGAGAACAGAGAGGCAGGCAGCAGCUUUGUUGAACUCAGUGUGCAGGGGCCUGUGGUGUGUGCGUGUGUGGAUGAUAGCCAUCUGUACUACAGCACUCUCUCAGACUUACUUGUCCUGCGGCUCAGUGCGGCUGUUACCACGGAGACACAGCUGCAGGGAUCAAAGUCAGACCAGUUAACGCUAGGCAACCACAGCCCUGUGGGUCUAAGAAUCAGCGGAACGGUUGCUGCUGUGAACACUGCAGAAUCUGGGAAGCUGCUGAUAUUGACUCUAAGAGGAAGGCUCCAGUGGGUGAAAGUUCCUCAGUGUUUUUAUAAGCGGAACGUGUCUACACCACCCUCAUCACAGGCUGCCCAGAGGACCAAAGACCUGCUGGCAGGCAUUGGAAAUGUGUGGGAAAGGGCAAUCACUCUCAGGCAGAAGCUCUUGUCCAAAAAUGAAGCUCUCGGACGUUUGAACCAAGUCAUUAACAUCUGUGCCCUCCUGUCAACCAAUCAGAGCAACGAAAAAGUCCAACAACAACCAAUUAGAUGUCACACCACAACGCACUGGAACACCUCAACAGAGGGUGAUAGCUUGAUUCUAACUUGCACCAUAGAAAACAACAGCCCAUUUACACUAGAGGGGGGAUUGAUUCUCUUUGUUCAGAUCUGUGGUACACCCUGUGCUAGUAGCACCAACAAUACCAGCUCCACUUUGACUCACUCAUUGCCACUCCAAAAACUGGACUCGGGGCAGUCGUUCCAAGUGGCACUGCCUUUGAGAACAGGAUGUAACCUCUCUAUCCCACUGAGUAUCCAGUUUAGUCUCGUCUGGCCUACGCUGGCCUUACUUGGACUUGAUACUGGUCUUCUCUCAGUCAGUGACAUUUCAGUGUGUCGAUUUGAGUCUGACACAGCCUGUGUCUCUCUCGAUUUGACUUCUGUAACGGUGGAUUGGCUAGACGUGCUGAGAAUAGGUGAAUCCCUAAGACACAGAAACAUCUCUCCACAAAACCUCCCUGUUGAUGCCUUCCUGUGCUCCAGGGGAACUCUGAUCCUGGAUGAAGGGCGGACCUCAGAGACCAGGCCCUUUGAAGCUACUGUGCAUGUGUCCUCAGAGCUAUUGAGAUCCAGGCUGGGUCGUGGAGGGCCUGGAGACCUGGCUCUCUGUGUGUGUUUGCUGGACUGGCUUCUCUCUGCGACACCAGGAGCAGACAGGAUAAGGCCUUUACAGAGCCCAGUGGUGCAUGGCCAUCUCCCCAGCGGACCCUCUGUUAGGCUCCUGGCCAAAGAGAUGGUGCUGACUGAUGUCUGUAAUGAAGGACCUCUUUCUGUGCUGGAGCUGCAGGUUGAGAGUGACUCUGUGGUAGCAGUAUGUGGACUGCACCAUGCAAUACUGUGUCGUCUCCAGGCGCUGCUGAAAGAAAUGGCUAUAAAGUGCCAGGUUUCCAGGCAGCUUGGAGGGCCGAGUUUACGGGCGGCUGUUCAGCAGGCUGAGUCUCUCUACACACAGAUGCAGGAAAGUCAGGGACCAGAGGCUCUGGGCAGUGAACUGAAAACUGAUGCACUGUUUCAUCUUCACCAGCGAUUCAGUCAAAACUCACUGGCCAUUCUCUGA